UUAAACUCUUUCUUGAUUUUCUCGGCGUGCAUUGCAUGCUCCGAGAGCUUCAACCUUCAAUGGGUAUGGAACCCAUGAUGAUAUCCAUGGCGCUCGAAGAAAUCUGCUCCCAUGGCGAAGACGGAGUCACUCUUCCCACGCUCUUCUCAAUCCUUACUUCUCCUCAUUCCUCUGCAUCAUCUGGCCUCAUCAACAUCAAGCAAGCCUUAUGGACCGCUCUUCUUACAAUCCCCACUCUCCAAUUUCAUGCUGCUCAUCACAUUCAAUCCGUCUUUACCUCUUCCGACCCCUCCAUUCAGUCUUUCGAAGCAGCCGAAGCUAUGAAUUUGAAGAUAGUCGCGAAACAACAUCUUAGGGAUAACUUUUUGGGUCUUUACAAUGUCCAAUCUUUCAAUGCUUCGAUUUCUCAUCAUCAACGCCGCACCUUACACCUCCUCGCCCUUGCCAGGGAAAAUGGAAUUACACAAAAUCAACUUGGCAAAGAGCUUGGCGUUAAAGGAAAAAACUUAUUCUAUGUAAUGAGGAGCCUUGAAUGUCAAGGAUUAAUCGUGAGGCAAUCUGCUGUUGUGAAGACACUAAAAGCUGGCGAUGAUGAUGAUGAAGGAGAGGCAAUAAGAAGCAUUCCAAGCGUGACAACCAAUUUAGUCUACUUAUCUCGCUACGCGAAGCAUUUAGGCUCACAGCAAAAAAUUGAGAUCAUUAAGGGGGAACCAAGUACUGAGAGCUUUGGUAGUAAUGUAAAUGAUUUGGAAGGCAGAGAGGAUGUUUUGGUAAAGGAUUAUCUUCCAGAAAUGAAGGCAGUAUGCGAUAAACUUGAAAAAGCAACUGGCAAGGUUCUUGUUGUUUCAGAUAUAAAGAAGGAGUUCAGGUAUAUUGGAACAAGGGCUCGUCAUAGGGAGUGGAGGAAGAUACGUUCCAGGUUGAUAGAUGGCCAUAUUGUGGAGGAGUUUGAUGCUAAAGUAAACGGGAAGGUUGAACGUUGCCUGCGUUUACUGAAGAGUUUUGCUCCACAGAGUUUAGACCCCAAAACUCUUGAAUGUGUAGAUGAUGAUUUUAAGAAAGAACAGGUGAGGUUCGGGAAGAAAUGUCAAGUCAAUGACCAGCUUGUAGAACUCCCAAUUGAGCAUCAAAUAUAUGAUUUGAUUGAUGCUGCUGGUUCUCAGGGUUUGACUGUAAUGGAGGUUUGCAAGAGACUUGGGAUUGACAAUAAAAAGAACCACGAUCGACUUGUCAGUAUGUUCUCCAGAUUUGGAAUGGACUUGCAAGCAGAAACUCAUAAAAAAUGUAUAGUAUAUCGAGUUUGGGCACCUGGGCGACACAAUCUUCAAUCAUCUAAUGCAUUUCCUGGUGAACCAAGGUUACCAAAUAUGGUCAAUGACAAUAGAAUGUCUAAUGUAGAUAUUGCCAAUUUAGAUGCUCCUGAGAGGCCUAUUGAGACCUAUUCAGAGUAUGGGCCUUCAAUUUCGAAAGAGCAUAUUUCUAGCCCUGAAAAAGUGACAAGUUUUGAUGCAUCCAGCAGCUCCCUUCAGGAUGCCACUGAAUCUAAUCUUCUUUGUAAUGAUUCUAAAGUGAUACGCAUUGAGUCGAAAGAGACCUUUUCUGACACUGGGCUUGACUUGGUGAACAUGGAAACAAGUUUAGCUUCAUCUGAAACUUCCAUUGCAUUGAAGCCGCUCAGCUCGAAAUCAAAUCAGAGAUAUCCCGGUCGACCGUUCACUGUGGAGAAUGCAUGGAGGAAGAAAAUUGUACUUGAACGGUUACAGAAUGAGAAGUUCAUCCUAAUAAGUGAGCUUCGUAAGUGGAUAAGGAGUCUUGAAAAAGAUAAAGGUAGCACAACUGAUGGAAAAACUAUAAAUAGUCUUCUAAAUGAACUUCAAAAAGAUAAGCUCUGCAAGUGCAUAGAUAUCAAGGUUCCUUUUAUCACAAAUUGUAGCAGUAAUCGCAUUACUAAGGUGGUCUUGCACCCGGAGCUGGAUGUUAAAAGCUUGUCUCCUGAACUAGUGUCUAAUAUUCACGAUCAAUUGAGAUCCUUUGAGAUUCAAAGUCGUGGCCAGUGCUCUUCUCGACCGAAGAACAGUAAAUCUGUUCCUGUAUUGAAUGAUGUCCAAAGGACUCAGAAACUUGCCAGUUCAGAUAACAGACCCACUAGAUCAGAAGCUAUGCGUGCUAAUGGUUUCAUUUUGGCAAAAAUGAUUCGUGCAAAGUUGCUGCAUUGUUUUUUCUGGGAUCACCUCUAUGGAUCUCAAGGUUCCAAUGAUGUUUUAUUAUCCGAAAAAGAUGCGUACAAGCUCCAGAAUCCUUACAGCUGCAGCAAAGUGUUUUCUCUUGAAGCAACAAUGAAGGCAAUUCCCAUUGAGCUUUUCUUACAAGUUGUAGGAUCUACCGAAAACAUUGAAAAUAUGAUUGAGAAGCGCAAGAGAGAGUUGUGUCUCUCUGAUCUUACUGCUGAGGAGUACAAGUCUUUGAUGGAUUCUCAUUCAACUAAAAAAAGGCUUUCAUCGGUCAUCGAUAUCUUGCGAAGGUUAAAGUUGAUUCGAUUAAUAAAUGAGGAACAUCCAGAAGAUGGAUCCAAUGUCUUAGUUGAUGCAUUUGAGCUUAAGCCUUACAUUGAGGAGCCAAUCUCAAAAGACACGAUUACGUUGAGGAGUUUUAGACCUUCUGAUCUCCGUCCACGAGUCAGACAUGACUUUGUCCUCUCAAAUAGAAAAGCUGUUGAUGAGUAUUGGAAAACUUUAGAAGAUUGCUAUGCUGCUGCAGAUCCAAGAGCUGGUUUACAUGCAUUCCCUGGAUCUGCUGUUAAUGAGGUAUACCGUUCCCAAUCGUGGGCUUCUGGUCGAGUUACGUCAUCGGGUCAGCCUGCCAAGAACUUGAAGCGUGUGAUGAAGGAUGAUCAAAUUCCUAUUGAAAGAUCUAAUGGAAGGUCAGUGAAAGUGAGGAAAGUUGACAGGGUAGCUGGAGAGUUUGAUGAGGAAAGCUUUCUGGAUGAUGAAAAUCACAUGAACAUUAGGGAAGACAUUUUGAAGAUGAAGGCAUCACCACAAAAAAGGUUCUCAUGGACUGACGAAGCUGAUAGGCAAUUGGUGAUCCAAUAUGCUAGACACCGUGCUGCACUUGGAGCAAAAUAUUACCGUGCAUCUUGGGGAUCAAUUCCUGAUCUUCCAGCACCUCCAAGUACCUGCCGUAGAAGAAUGGCAAUACUCAGACAUGAUGACAAUUUCAGAAAAGCUGUAAUGAAGCUUUGUAACAUCCUCAGUGAACGGUAUGUGCUACUUGGAAAAGAUGAAGGUUCGUCGGGUAAAGUUAUCGAUAAAAAUGAACAUGCUAAGGAAGAGGGCUGGGAUGAUUUCAAUAUCAGUAGUCUAAAAACUGCUCUUGAUGGGGUUCUUCGUUGCAAGAUGGUUAAACUUGGGGAUUCAAAAAGAGUUGGAUCUACAUAUGAGGAGCGGUCAGAUAUAAAGAUGAAUGCCAAGAAACAUGAUUUUCCGGAGUCAGAAAAAACUGAUGCUACUACUCCUGAGGAUGUCCAAAACCUUGGUGGAAAACUACAACAGAGUUCCAUGCCAAGAUUACAGGCUCAACACUCUGGGGAGGUUAAAGUCAGAAGACAAGUAUACAAAUCAUUGGCUAUAUCUAAUGCUGUAGAGCUGUUUAAGCUUAUUUUUUUGAGUGCAUCUAGUGCAUCAGCGGUACCCAAUAUCUUGGCAAAAAUUCUUCGCCGUUACUCUGAGCAUGACCUUUUUGCAGCUUUUAACUACCUUAGAGAGAAGAGAGUUAUGGUUGGUGGUAGUGGUAAUCAACCUUUUUCACUGUCGCAACAGUUCAUGGGUAAUGUUUUUAAGUCAUCAUUUCCAGCUGAUUCAGGCACACGAGCUUCAAACUUUGCCAACUGGCUUUGCGAAAUAGAGAAAGAUCUUACAGAAGGAGGAAUUGAUCUCCCUGCAGAUUUGCAGUGUGGGGAUAUUUUUCAUUUGUUUGCUUUAGUUUCUUCGGGUCAAUUGUCGCUUUCUCCACGCUUGCCAGAUGAAGGUGUUGGCGAGGUUGAGGAUACAAGAAGCUUGAAACGAAAAAUUGUUAAUAAUGACUUUUCUGAUGGUGAUAAAGCUAAGAAACUAAAAUCCUUGGUGACAGCAGAAGGUGAAAUUAUUUCUCGCCGAGAGAAAGGUUUCCCUGGCAUAAUGAUAUCGAUUAACCGGGCAGAAUUUUCUACAGCUGAUAUUGUAGAUUUGUUCAGAGCACCGGAUACUUGUUCUGUUGAACCACAACGUAUGGAUGGAAAUAAUGUAUGUGUCACUACUUCAGAUCCGACAAGUUUAUCUGAUUCUGACCAAGUAAAGGAAAUCCUUAAUUCAGAAGGCGAUACCUCUGUAAUAAAGAACACGAAUGAGUCACCUUGGAUAGCUAUGGCAGGCUAUGCUCAAAGUUUGCUUCCCGAACAUGCUGAUCUUGGAAGCUCUAGUUCUAUUAAUCCUGAUCUCAUUAAGGCUGUUUAUGCUGGCAUUCGAAAGGCUGGUGACCAAGGUUUGAGCAUGGAUGAAAUUUCUGAAGUCAUAACUAUGCCAGGUGAGAAGAUCACCGAGCUUAUCAUUUCUGUGCUCGAAUCUUUUGGUCGUGUUAUGAAGGUUAACGCAUUCAACUCCGUACGUGUUGUUGAUGCUUUGUAUCGUUCCAAGUACUUUUUAACAUCAACAGCUGUUAAGUGUCAAGAUCUCAAAGAUUGUUCUGCGGUUAAGACCGUAAAAGGCGAUAGCAGUCAUGAUUUCGUUGCCCCUCAUACACAGCAGGAAUCCAUCGUGAAUAAUGAUGAUAUACACAAAGUCUCUAUCCUUAAUUUUUCUGAAGAAAUUCCCAACUCAAUUAACGAAAAUCAAGCGAGUGAUCUUUCAUCUGAAGGGGAUGAAGAAGUUAAAACCUGUAUUGUUUCUUCUAGUGAAUUAUGCAUGCCAAUAUUACCAUGGAUAAACGGAGAUGGAACAAUCAAUACGGUGGUCUACAACGGACUAAGAAGACGUGUCAUUGGAAUAGCCAUGCAAAAUCCAGGGAUAUUGGAGGAUGAAAUUAUCAAUCGGAUUGAUGUUUUGAAUCCCCAGAGCUGUAGAAAAUUAUUAGAGCUGAUGAUUUUGGAUAAACAUCUUAAUGUAAGGAAGAUGCAUCAAACUACAUACAAUGCUACACCUCCAACAAUCUUGGGGACCCUUUUCAGAAGCAGCAGCAGCUUUAGCAAGCCAAACUUGGUUUAUCGUAACCAUUAUUUCGCAAAUCCCACGAGUACUUGCUUACUGUAACUAACUAACUAGGGAUGUCAAAACGGGUCAGCGAAACUUGUUACCGAAGUGCUUCUAAACUCAAUGGUAUUAUUUUUCUUAAAAGUAUAACAUUGAUUUGGUUUUGUUGUACAGAAUGAGAGAGAUGUUAUUAUGUAUAGGACUUGUGGGCUAAGUAAGUUAAGUACAUGAUUUAACAUAUAAAGUAGUUUAGUAAUUUUUGUAUAGUUUUAAUUAAGCUAUCCAUUUGUGUAUCUUGAACUAAUUAAUUAACCUCAAAUUCUAAAAUAUCUAAUUAAAAAGCAAACACCAUUCUUUCUCAA